AUGCAAGCGCGCUACUCCGUCUCCAGCCCGAACUCUUUGGGGGUCGUGCCGUACAUCAGCAGCGAGCAGAGCUAUUACCGGACAGGCGGCGGCUACGCCGGCAUGCCCGCGCCUAUGAGCAUGUACUCCCACGCGGCCCACGACCAGUACUCGGCCGGCAUGGCCCGCGCGUACGGCCCGUAUAACCCGCAGCACCAGCCGAAAGACAUGGUGAAGCCGCCGUACAGCUACAUCGCUCUCAUCACCAUGGCCAUCCAGAAUUCACCGGAGAAGAAGAUCACGCUAAAUGGGAUAUAUCAGUUCAUUAUGGAGAGAUUCCCUUUCUACCGGGAUAACAAGCAGGGCUGGCAGAACAGCAUACGCCACAAUCUGUCGCUAAACGAGUGCUUCGUCAAAGUACCCCGCGACGACAAGAAGCCCGGCAAGGGCAGCUAUUGGACCUUGGAUCCGGAUUCUUACAACAUGUUCGAGAACGGCAGCUUUCUAAGGCGGAGGAGAAGGUUCAAGAAGAAGGAUGUGCAGAAGGAUAAGGACGAGCGGGAAGCCGGCAGAGAGCUCCACGCGGGCCGCACCCCGGCUCGGGAGCAGGAGCCGCCGGCGCACAACUCUCAGCCCGUCCGCAUCCAGGACAUCAAGACUGAGGACGGGACGUUGACGCCGCCUCGCGCCGCGUCUCCGGUUCUCAACGCCGCCCCUAAAAUGGAAAGCCCGGACAGGAGCAGCAGCGGCAGCAUGUCCAGCGGCAGCCCGCACAGCGUUCCCUCUAGCCGCUCGCUGAGCAUGGACGGGCCGGAGCAGCACCACCACAACCAGGUAUCCGUGCAGCAGGGCUUCAGCGUAGACAACAUUAUGACAUCCCUGCGGGGGUCUUCCCACGGGGAUCUCUCCCCCUCCUCCUCCUCCUCGACGUCCUCCUCACGGACAGGUAUUAACCCCUCCCUGGCGCUCAGCUAUUCCCCGAACCAGGCGUCGUCUUACACGUCCACCACCAGCACCUGCAAUCAAAACUCCACGAAUUCGAUCUAUCACUGUAACAUGCAAGCCAUGAGUCUCUACGCGGGGGAGCGAACAUCCGGAACCGUGGAUGAGGCUUUGCCUGAUUAUUGCGUCACCACCGCCGCGAACCCGAGCCUGCAGGAGGGCCACCAGGGCCGGCUCGCCUCCUGGUACGGCGACCUGAGCCACUUAAGUGCGGGCUACCCGUCCCAGCAGCAGAACAUUCACGCUGUCAGGGAGAUGUUCGAGUCCCAGCGGAUCGGACUGAACGGCUCCCCCGUUAAUGGGAAUAAUAGCUGUCAGAUGGCCUUCCCGUCCACUCAGUCCAUCUACCGUACCGCGGGAGCUUUUGUGUAUGACUGCAGCAAAUUCUGA